AUGGAUUCAAUCAUUUCUGUAAUUGGAACCUAUGUUUCCUGGGAUCUCAAGAGUCUGCUGCUCUUCGCUGCAGUUUUCAUCAUCACUGCAGACUAUAUUAAGAAUCGUCGGCCAGCAGGCUAUCCUCCAGGACCCCGGGGUCUUCCAAUUAUGGGCAACCUAUUCACUAUAGAUCAGAACAGGGCCCAUGAGAGUAUGACACAGUUAGCAGAGAGAUAUGGAAAUGUGUACAGUCUACGGAUGGGACAGGAACGGAUGGUGGUUUUAAACGGGUUUGAUAUUCUGAAAGAAGCUCUAGUGACGCAGGGAGACAGCCUGGUGGACCGCCCGGAGCUUCCUUUUCAGACUGAUAUAGCACAUGGAUUAGGUGUCAUUACCAGUAGUGGAAACCUCUGGAAGCAGCAGAGACGCUUUGCGCUUUCAACCCUUAGACAGUUUGGAUUUGGCAAGAAGUCACUUGAAUCUGUCAUCCUGGAUGAAUUUACAUAUUGUGCAAAAAACAUCAGAAGCUAUAAAUGUAAGCCAUUCGAUCCACACCUUAUUCUCAACAAUGCUGUCUCCAACAUCAUCUGCUCUCUGGUGUUCGGCCAUCGCUUUGAGUACGGUGAAGAGAAGUUCAUUAAAAUGAUGCAACUGUUUGACAAAGCGCUCCAGAUUGAAGGCUCCAUUUGGGGACAGCUCUACAAUGCAUUUCCUGUCCUGAUGAGACGUUUACCAGGUCCACAUCAGACUGGCAAGCAGAUGUGGAAUGAAGUGAAGGAUUUCAUACGAGUAGAGUUAAAUGAGCACAAGAAGACCUGGGAUCCCUCAGAAACACGUGACUACAUUGAUUGUUACCUCAGUGAGAUUCAAAUGAAUAAGGGGCAGGACGACAGCACUUUUGAUGAGGAAAAUCUGGUUAUUUGUGUUUUGGAUCUUUUUGUGGCUGGAUCUGAAACCACAUCCACCACCCUGCGCUGGGCUUUCCUCUACAUGGCAAAAUAUCCUGAGAUUCAGGAAAAGGUACAGGCUGAGAUAGACAGAGAGAUUGGAGAGUCCAGACAGCCAUCAAUGGAGGACCGUGCAAACCUGCCUUACACUGAUGCUGUUAUCCAUGAGAUCCAGAGGAUUGGAAACAUAGCUCCUCUUAGUGUGCCGCAUGUCACUACCAGACAUAUCCAACUGGGAGGCUACACAGUCCCAAAGGGAGUUAUAGUAAUUCCCAAUUUGACAUCUGUGCUGUUCGACAAGCAAGAGUGGGAGACGCCCCACACCUUCAAUCCAAAUCACUUUCUGAAUGAGGAGGGCAAGUUUGUGAAACGAGCAGCUUUUCUGCCUUUCUCUCUUGGUAAGCGGGUGUGUCUUGGAGAGAGCCUGGCCAAGAUGGAGCUUUUCCUCUUCUUCACCUCCUUCAUGCAGCACUUCACAUUCUCCAUGCCUGCCGGGGUGAAGCCUGAUAUGGACUACCGCUUUGGGCUCACUCUGACACCGAAGAAUUAUGAAAUCUGCGUAACCCCACGUCAUUAG